GGAAAUCGUUGUGAUUGUAAGAGUUCUUGCAGCACUAAAAGAAAGCCUAAUGGAACCCGAGGUUGUCCGUGUAAAGGUAGAAAUGUAGUGUGUUCGGCAGAAUGUCAUUGUGGCACGCGUGCAAAACCUUGCCAAAAUAAGGUAAAGCAAUCUAAACUUUUAUAUGUCCACAACUUUGUUUAUAUUCCAGGAAUUAUAAUAAAUAAUUUGUCUGAUUUUGGUAUAGGGAACGGCCGAUGAAAGACAAAAACGCAAAAGAGCAGGAAAUCCAAGACAAGGUUUUCGCCUUACUCACGCAACUACAGAGUCGGAGGACAUGCAAAGGGCAAAAGAACACGAAAAUGUGAAGGUAUGUACUUCACCUUAAAAUAAUAUUUAAUUAUAUAAAAAUAACAAUUGAUGAUUUCAUAUUAUUAUUACACAUAUAAUAGCAUAACAUAUACAGUAUACAAUGUCUUGUCAGGGUUUUGCAUUGAUAACAAUCUUGUUCUACUGUAUUUAUUUUAGAAAUUGAUAUCUACACUAGACGCAAAUAUGGUGAAAAAGCUAGCUAUUCGUAGUUUACGCAGAGGUAUUGGUAGUAUGGACUACAUCGACACACUGCUGAUAAUGGAGGAUGACCUUGAUGAAGAUGAUCAGGAUGCAGAAAGGUUAGGUGCAUUUGGUGAAUCAUCCAAUGACAAUCCAUUUAACUCUGCUAUAGAUCCUUCUCAGAGUCCGAGCCCUUCUCAAUCACAAGACCCAAAUCCAACACCCGAACCCACACUUGAAUCAGUGCCAGAUUGGUGCACAUGUGGCAAAUGCAGACCAAUGCCACAAGAGGUUGAAAAUAAAUGUUGUAGGCAAAAGAAAUGCAUAACCUUAACUUCUCGUUUUGCAAAAUUAUGCCUUGAUCCAGAUGUGCUGGAGCUUUGUAUCCGCAACAGGAGUGACAUCCGUAACGAUAGAGAGGACAACAGCACAAGAGCAUUUCGCAAAGCUG